GUUUCCAAGAAGUACAGUGAGAUAGAGGAGCUCUACCAGAGACUGGCUGCACGAUACCCACAGGCUUCUCUUCCACUCUUGCCUAGGAAAGUUCUCUUUGUGGGAGAAUCUGACAUCUGUGAACGAAGAGCUAUGUUCAAUGAUAUCAUGAAAUUCAUCUCAAAAAAUGAGGAUCUAGCAACAAGUCCUGAGUUACUGGAAUUUUUAGGAACAAAAUCUGCUAGUGCCGUUGACUUCAAGGGUAAAAACAUUCCUGAUGACAAGGAGAAGGAAGACAAAGAAAAUGAAGCACUGGAUUUUUUCAAAGAGGAGAAGGCACCUGACUUAAUCUCACAGCUUUCAUCAGUGGAAGAUGCCAACAAAGGGGAGAAAAAGGAAGAGGAAGAAGAGGAAGAAGAUUUAGACCCUCUUGGUAUAAUCAG